GCCCCUGUAUGGGACCCUCUGACAGGCCUCCCCAAUCAAUAUCUGGCCAAAAUUUGGCCAGAUGUCGGUUGGCAGGCUUGAUUUUCCUGUCAGAUCGAGGACCAUAUUGAUGCUUAUUAAUUUAGUCCUCACUCGGACUUCAAAUUCUCUUCAUUGAAAUGCGAUAUUGCCCACCCAGGGUGGUCAUAUUGAGGGGAAGAUUUGCUCAUUGUGGGGUGACCUUGCCACACAAGCAAAUCUUACCAUGCAUGGCCACCUAAGAUAUGGUGAUCCAAAUUACAGAAAGACUCCUUAUCUGGAAAACCCCAGGUCCUGAGCAUUCUGGAUAAUAGAUUCCAUACCUGUACUAUAAGUUCCAAACAAUCUACAACAGUUUUUGGAAUCUAUUGGUGCCUUGAGAUUGAGCUGUUCCGUUGCAGCAUGGACUGAACAUUGUGAACUGUGCUCAAAUCACUUAUUCAUGUCAGAUCACAACUCACAGUGAGUUCCACAGCCUCUGGUGCUUUUCUUAAAGCGAUAUGCACCACUACUAGAUCAUAACACAAGCACAACCACCGGGCAACUGUUGGUAGCAUUUCAAAAAAUGCCCAUAUUCCCAGUUCUCUGCUGCACAUUGCUGCCAAGCUGUAGAACUGUUUACAACACUUAAUUUAAUCUUCAGCAGAGACUAAAUGUCUGCUUGUUUUAACCUUCACUGACAUGCACUAACACAACUGUAAUUAUCCCAUAGUGGUAGUUUAAAGCAGCUAUUAUUUUGCAGCAUUUUCCGUUUGGAUAUGUAAAAACACAUGAGACAAGUCUUGUAGGCGAGUACUUAAUUUAAACAUAUCCUGCCGGCUUCAUGUCGAAACCUGUUGCUUUAAACCUGCUGAAAUCACAAAUGGCACGUUACUGGCAAACAACAGAGGCCACACAUGUGCUUCGCUCCGAUACACCUCUAUGCUAUGCCAUUUUAAAACUUACAUAUGCAUAAGGUUAUAUUUACGAUCGGAACCUCACCAGUGAGAGCCUGCAAGCUGACUCCAUGCAGAGGGCGAAGGGCUGCAAGGUAUAAGCAGAUUUGAAGAAAGGCUUCUUAGCUCUGCAUGCCCACAUAGGAACUGCAAGAGACAUGGAGUUGGUUCUGCAGGUGAAACCCCCAGAGGAAAAGACAGAUGAGCAUCACAUGAAUGUAACAAGUCCAAGAGCAAACUCCACGGCUUUCAGUGAACUUGCGACCAUCAUCUUUCCUGUGCUAUACCUUGUAAUAUUCCUGGGAAGCAUCAUGCUCAACGGCCUUGCAGUAUGGAUUUUUUUCCACAUCAGGAAUAAAACCAGUUUUAUAGUCUAUCUAAAGAAUAUUAUGAUUGCAGAUCUGUUAAUGACAGUAUCCUUCCCAUUUAAGAUCAUACAAACUUCUGGAAUCGGACCCUGGAAUUUCAAUGUCUACCAUUGCCGAUACAGCAGUAUCUUGUUCUACACGAGCAUGUACAUCAGCAUUGUAUUCCUUGGGCUUAUCAGUACUGACAGGUACCUUAAAGUAGUAAAACCCUUUGGAAGUUCCAAAAUGUACAACAUCAAGUUUACAAAAGUUGUGUCUUUGAUGGUUUGGUUGGCGAUGUCCUUUAUGGCCAUGCCCAAUGUCAUAUUCACAAAUGUACAGCCAACCAGAGACAACAUUUAUGACUGCAUAUACCUAAAAAGUUCUUUUGGGGCCAAGUGGCAUGAAGCAGUGGCUUAUAUUGAUACGUGUAUAUUUUUCAUUGUGAUGGUGGUUUUAAUUGUAUGUUACAUUUCAAUAUCCAGACACAUCCAGAAAUCUAGCAAGCCCUUUGUCAGCUGUUCAAGCCGGACUCGCAGGCACAACCAAAGCAUCCGUGUAGUAGUGGCUGUGUUUUUCGUUUGCUUUCUGCCCUAUCACCUGUGCGGCUUGCCCUUUAUGUUCAGUCGCUUGGAUAAAAUUCUGGAUAAACGGAUAUAUACCAUUUUACUUUACUGCAAGGAAUCCACGCUCUUUCUCUCAGCCUGCAACGUGUGUCUGGAUCCUAUAAUAUAUUUCUUUAUGUGCCGAUCCUUCUCGCAGAGGCUGUUUAACCGAUCUGGUAUGAGAUCAAGAAGCGAAAGCAUCCGAUCUCUUCAGAGUGUCAGAAAAUCUGAAGUGCGUAUAUACUGUGAAUAUACAGAAGUGUAAAUAAGGCGGUAAAUAUGACAUGUAAAUAUGUUUCAAUAAAGCAAUUCUAUUUUCA